AUGAAGGAGUUAGCUAAUGUUGUGGCAGUAAUUCUUUUGAAAGAGCUGGCGGGAAGGAGAAAGAAACUCUCAUUGAGAAAGUUUGUGAUGGAUGAAAAGCAGUUACUCACAAACACUGGAACGUCUCCAGAACAACAGAAGAAACAAAGAGUAUCUACCUUGUGGUGGCUGAACGCCUACUUUGUGAAAGAAGGGAGUAUGAUAGAGGAUCUUAAGCUCACUGAUGAUCCUGUUGAAAGCAAAUUGGUCCUCUAUGAGAAAAUAAUUCGAAUGAAAGCGCUCUACCAAAUGGACACAAGUGCUGACUCAUUGGAGAAAUACAGCAAAUUAUCCAUGCCUGCUUUUCCUGCUUAUGACACCAAUUCCUCAACCUUUCUACUAACAGGCUUCCCUGGCCUGGAGCAGGAAUAUCCCUGGCUGUCCAUCCCUUUCUCCUGUAUGUAUGCUAUGGUACUGUCUGGGAACUGCCUGGUGCUGCAUGUGAUCCGGACUGAGCCGAGCCUGCACCAGCCCAUGUUCUACUUCCUGGCCAUGCUGGCCCUCACCGACCUGUGCAUGGGGCUGUCCACAGUGCACACGGUGCUGGGCAUCCUGUGGGGACUUAGCCAGGAAGUCAGCCUGGAUGCCUGCAUUGCUCAAACUUAUUUCAUCCAUGGUCUGUCCCUCACAGAGUCUGGAGUCCUUCUCGCCAUGGCUUUUGAUCGCUUUACAGCAAUCUGUAAUCCUCUGAGGUAUACGUCCAUCCUAACCAGUGCCCGGAUUACCAACAUUGGGCUGGGAAUUUUAGUUAGGAGUUUUGUGUUCAUUAUGGCUCCCAUAAUCCGCCUAAAGUUCUUCCACUAUUGCCAUUCCCACAUCCUCUCUCACUCUUUUUGCCUUCACCAAGACUUACUAAGACUAGCAUGUUCUGACAUUCGCUUUAACAGUUUCUAUGCCUUGGCUCUGGUGAUUUGUACACUUUUGUUUGAUUCCAUGCUAAUUAUUGUAUCCUACAUUCUGAUCCUGCAUUCGGUCUUGGCCAUUGCAUCCCGGGAGGAGCGGCAGAAGUCCUUGCAGACCUGUGUCUCCCAUAUCUGUGCUGUCAUGGUUUUCUAUAUCCCAAUAAUUGGUCUGACUAUGGUGCAUCGUUUUGGGACACACCUCUCUCCUAUGGUCCAUGUCCUCAUGGGCAACAUCUAUAUCAUCUUCCCACCCUUGAUGAACCCCAUCAUCUACAGUGUCAAAACCCAACAAAUCCGUGGCAGGAUUCAGAAGUGGUUUUCCAUGAAAAAGAAGUAA